CGUGGAAGAACCAACAAAACUCAAACGAAUGCUUUCUCUCUCUCUCACACGCCUAUAAACACCGCCGCGUCUCUUUCCUCUCCCCACUUCCUGUUUUAAAGUUUUGUUACGGGACGAAGUGGUUGUGGAUCGGGUCGGAUCGGCGCAGAUCGAACAAAAUCAAAUGGAAUCGUAUAGUACAUGGAAAGAGAUGUUGGAUGGGUGCGUAGAGGAGAGGAAAAAAACACUGGCGAGGAGGAUUCAAUUGGAGUUGGAGGAGAUGCAAUCCAAUCCCUCCGACGAUUUCAAGUGCCUCGCGCUCGAGUCGAACCCACGGGACUUGCAAUUUGCAAUCAGAGGCCCUAAUGGAACUGAAUUCGCGGGUGGGAUUUAUCAUGGCCAGAUCACGAUUCCGGAGGAAUACCCAAACAAGGGUCCUAUAUUGACGUUGUUGACGGAAAAUGGUCGCUUCAAAACGCAAACCGAGAUCGAUUAUUUCAGAGAUUUUUUUUGGGUGCCAAGCAAACACAAAAGAGUGCGAGAUGCUUUACUUAGACUUAUUGAGUUAUUGCCCACCUACCCAGAUGGUGCGUUGGGUUCAGUAGAAUACGAUAAGGAAGAAAGGCGUGUCCUGGCUAUCAAAUCUCGUUUAGCAGCCCCAAUAUAUGGCACUGAUGAACGUCAGAAGUUAAUUAAUGAGAUUCAUAAAUAUAUGCUAAGCAAGACACCCCCAGUUCCUUCAAACGAGGGAGGGGAUAUCCGGGUGAGUUUCCAAAAUGAUCGAGACAGAAGAAAGCAGGGCAUAGUUACCAUAAAAGGAAAAAGAAAGCAGGGCAUCAAUUUAUUUGUUGGGAAUACAAUUAAUGCCGACGAGUGCAAGCGGGUGGGAUUUUUCGAUUUUGAGAAGAGGCACAGCUGCCUCUGGUCAUGGUUUUUUUAGGGAUAACGAUAUUUUAGCACAUUUUCAUCCAUUUAUCAUCAAUAUAUCGAAAAUUUCCUUGAUAAUUCCGGUCCCAAUAUUUUCGUUCAAGUGGAAUAAUUUAGUCGUGCGCACAGUUCUCAGAUCAAACUCACCAAGAUGCUAAUAAAUAGGGAAACUUAUUAAUUUCAGUUGUUGUAAACGCAGCAACAAGGGCAUUUGCUCCAUUAAACACUAAAACAGACAGAAGAGGAGAAAUUACCCGAGGCAAAAGGACGCAGGCAGCAAAAUUGAGCAAGUUUUAACUUGGCGUUCUCCUCAAGUGGCUGUCAGAUACAAACAGAAAGAAGAUACUGGAGACUUCUGCACCCACAUUCAACUAAAAAAAAAGAGAUCUAGAGAGGAAGGCGG